AUGGCCGACGCACUCUCUGUAUCAACGAGCGCAUAUGUCCGCGCUACCGAGACCGCCGAAUAUGUGCGCUCUCAGCUACCCGAGGUGCUCCAAAAGCCCAAGAUAGCCAUCGUCUGUGGCUCCGGUCUUGGUGGGCUUGCAGAGACCAUCGAAUCAGGCCCCAAAGUUGAAUUGGCAUACGCAACGAUUCCCAACUUUCCUCAGAGCACGGUUCAAGGACAUGCUGGUAAAUUCGUCUUCGGUCAGAUUGGACCUCAGAAGACGCCUGUAGCCUUGUUGGUUGGACGUGCACACUUCUACGAAGGUCACAGCAUGGACGCCGCCACCUUUGCUACCCGAGUGUGCAAACUUCUAGGAGUUGAGACCAUCAUAGUCACCAACGCAGCCGGCGGUCUGAAUCAAACUUACCGUGUUGGAGACAUUGUAUGCUUGAAUGACCACUUAUUCCUGGCUGGCCUUACCGGCGUCCAUCCGUUGCGGGGUCCCAACAUUGAUGAGUUUGGUGUGCGAUUUCCUCCGCUCUCAGACGCAUACGACCUGGAUCUAAGAAGACGAACUCACAAAGCCUGGAAGCAGCUCGGGCUUGACCAACAGGAAAGGCGACUGCACGAAGGUGUAUACGCAUUUGUGGCUGGUCCAACAUACGAGACGCGUGCUGAAUGUCGAGCACUGACUUUGCUUGGUGCCGAUGUUGUCGGGAUGUCGACGGUCCCAGAAAUCAUUGUCGCACGGCAUGCAGGCAUGCGAGUACUCGCCUUCAGUCUCGUGACAAAUGUGGCUGUCCUUGAAGCCGGACCUCGAGGGGACGAUGCUGAGAUCCAGAGUAUGAGCCAGGUAGAGCUGACGGCGCAUCUAAGCAAAGGUAUGGCAAAUCACCAAGAGGUGUUGGACGCGGGCCGUGAAGCUGCCAAAGAUAUGCAGGCGCUGGUAAAGCAGAUCGCGUCGGAUCUAUAG